GACGGGUCGAAGGAGUGCAAAUUUCUUCGCCCAGGGUAGAGUGUGCUGACGGAAGGACUACAGUCGGGCUGGGAGAUAGUCAAAGUGCAUUAGCUAAGGGGUUUGGGGGAAGGAGAAGAGUGAUGCAAGUGAUUGAUGUGCUGGGCCUGCAGAUCUAUGCCUUCAGUGUUGUUUUUUUUUUGAAUUUUCAUAAAAUUGUUGGUUGAUUUACCAGUAAGCAUUGUUGGUAUGUUAGUAUAGUCACAUUAAAAGUCUCAGUUUAUUCUUGUGCCAUUCCAGGAAAAUUCAGUUUCUCAGACACAGGUAGAGGUGUCAUAAAGCUAUUGCCAAGCAAGGAGUGCUGACAUCUCUGUGUGUGAAAGAGUUAUAGAGUGGAGAGACCCAGGUAGAUCCUGUUUUAUUCAGCAGGUGCUGUUGAGCAAUUGUUUUUCCUUCUUGAACACAGUGUUCUUCAGGAUUACAUUGGGCUUUAACUUUUCCCUUCUUUUGUUUAACUUGAAUACAAGACUGGAGGGGACAUAGUUUGUGUGAUGACACAUCUUCAUGUUCCCAAGCCCAUAGGCUGGAUAGAUGAAAACAUAUCUUUUCAGGCAUGUGUUUUAGGAAAAUGUAAGCGGAUAAUGAGUGUUUGUAAUGAUAGCACUGUGGCAAUUGGUUUGUUCCAGAAAGGAAUUAACGUUCCUUCACUCCUUCCUUCCUUAAGCAUACUACAAAAUCCAGAAACUACCUUUGAGGUGUAUGCAGAAGUGACCCACUCAGGAAUCAGUUGCAUUGGGAAAGAUCCUGAGGUGCGGAGGCAAUUCCCAGAGGGCUACAGUGACCAGGAAGUUCUACAGACUCUGACCAAGUUUUGUUUCCCCUUCUAUGUGGACAGCCAUGCCAUUAACCAAGUUGGGCAGAACUUCACCUUUGUGCUCACAGACAUUGACAGCAAGCAGAGGUUUGGGUUCUGUCGCUUAUCUUCGGGGGCCAAGAGCUGCUUCUGUAUCUUAAGUUACCUCCCGUGGUUUGAAGUCUUUUAUAAACUGCUCAAUGUCUUGGCAGAUUAUUCAGCAAAAGGACAGGAUAGUCAGAGGAGUGAGCUCCUAGAAACAUUUCAUAAACUUACCAUCCCUGAGCCAGGAACCUCUGUUCAUCUUGGAGUGCACUCUUACUUUACUGUGCCUGACACCAGAGAGCUUCCCAGUAUACCUGAAAAUAGAAAUCUGACAGAGUAUUUUGUAGCAGUUGAUGUCAACAACAUGCUGCAUCUCUACGCCAGUAUGCUGUACGAGCGCCGCAUCCUCAUUUGCUGUAGUAAGCUGAGCACUUUAACUGCCUGCAUCCAUGGGUCUGCAGCCAUGCUCUACCCGAUGUUCUGGCAGCACGUUUACAUUCCUGUCCUGCCCCCACAUCUCCUGGACUACUGCUGUGCCCCCAUGCCCUACCUCAUUGGAAUACACCUAAGUUUGAUGGAGAAAGUAAGAAGCAUGGCCCUGGAAGAUGUGGUGAUCCUUAACGUAGACACCAACACACUGGAAACCCCUUUUGAUGACCUUCAGAGCCUCCCCAAUGACGUGGUUUCUGCACUGAAGAACAGAUUGAAGAAAGUCUCUACAACCACUGGAGAUGGUGUUGCAAGAGCGUUUCUGAAAGCACAAGCAGCUUUCUUUGGGAGCUACAGAAACGCCCUGAAAAUUGAACCUGGUGAGCCCAUCACUUUCUGCGAAGAAGCGUUCGUGUCCCACCGCUCGUCUGUGAUGAGGCAGUUCCUGCAGAACGCCAUCCAGCUCCAGCUCUUCAAGCAGUUCAUUGAUGGGCGUCUGGAUCUGCUGAACUCUGGGGAGGGCUUCAGCGAUGUGUUUGAAGAGGAGAUAAAUAUGGGAGAAUAUGCAGGUAGCGACAAACUGUACCACCAGUGGCUGUCCACAGUGAGGAAAGGAAGUGGAGCCAUUUUAAACACAGUAAAGACCAAGGCUAACCCCGCCAUGAAGACUGUCUAUAAGUUUGCAAAAGAUCAUGCAAAAAUGGGAAUAAAAGAAGUGAAAAACCGCUUGAAGCAAAAGGACGUUGCUGAGAACGGGUGCUCGGCAGUGCCGGAGGAGCCCCUGCCAAGGACAGCACCAUCGCCACUGGUCGAGAAGAAGGACCCAAAAUUGAGAGAGGACAGAAGACCAAUCACGGUACAUUUUGGUCAGCAGCACAGACUCCGCCCGCCGCGGCCGCCGCCCCCAAAGAUCCAGCGCUCCUCCAGGCCCGUUCGUCCCCCAAGACCUCAUGUGGUUAAGAGGCCCAAGAGCAACAUUGGUGUGGAGGGCCGGAGGACCUCAGUUCCCAGCCCAGAACACCUCGUAAAGCCCAUGCGACACUAUACAGUCUUCCUCUCUGAGGACUCCUCUGAUGAUGAGUUUCAGCAGGAAGAGGAUCCUGUCUCUGGCUUCUCUGAAAACUUUUUCUUCUCUGCUCCUUUCGAAUGGCCGCAGCCGUACCGGGCCCUGAAGGAGUCGGACAGUGCCGAUGGAGAGGACGCGGGCAGCCCGGAGAAGGCAAGAGAGCCGCUGCCCCCGAGCCCUCUGCUCUCCAGCAAGGCCUCAGAAGUCAACCUCCUGGAAGAUAUCUUCCCCAACUUGGAAGUGGAAGCCCAGCCCCAGCCCCUCAGCCAGGCCAAGAGCCUGGAGGACCUUCGGACGCCCAAGGAGGAGGCGGAGCAGCGCUGCUCCUUUGAAUACCAGAGAAUGGAUCUUGGUGUGUCUGAGAGGAACAGGAUUGUGCCAAGCAUGAAGCUGUCCCACGCUUACAACAAGCUGUGGAGUAUGGGCCACGAUGAUAUGGCUAUUCCCACCAAAUAUUCCCAAAGCUCGCCCGAAAGACCCUUGGCUGCCCUGGGUAACGUGGCCCCCAUCACCAGGAGACCCCAGAGCAGAGACAGUGGUCUGGCUCCUGCAGAAAAGGAGGAAUCUAGUCCUGCCAUUCAAGGGAACAUCACCAUUCCUAGGCCACAGGGAAGAAAAACACCAGAACUGGGCAUCGUGCCACCACCACCAGCACCCAGAGCUUCCAAGCACCAGGCUGCAGCUGGGUCAGCAGAAAUCCUCACCCCUCACGGGCGCAGCCACUUGGUUCCAGAUCUCAUCCCAGAGCCCUUUGGGGCUGGGAAUGUGUCCUUGGACGCCGAAGUGCAGCAGUGUGUAAAUUCCUCCUCUCGCCCGUCGCAGCUGCUGUGUGGCGCUGCCGGCGCUGCUGAGAUGCUGCAGCCGGUGCGGGUGAAGACGGAAGGAGCAGGUAACGAGAGCGAGCUCCUGCUGAGCCUGCUGGACCCGCUGAGAACCACGGGCUGGCCGGGCUCGGCUCUGCCAGGCUCGGCCCCGCUGGGCUCGGCCCCCGCGCCCACCUUGGGUGCCCUGCCAAGCGACUUUGUGCCUCCUCCAGCUGCACCAUUUGCCCAGCCCCUUGGCUAUGCUGCCCCAGCUCCACCGCCUUUUCUACAGCCCUCCCCGAAUCCCUUCACCCAGACACUGCCAGGAGCCCUCCCCGUGUCCCUGGUCAGACCCCCGAGGGGCUCCUUCACCCCCUCCUUAGGUCACGCAUACAGCUCCAGCUUCAUAACCCCCACUGCCGGCUUCUACACACCACAGAGACCUCAGUCCCACAUGGCCACACUGUCCAUGCCAAACCUGUUCAGCCAGGCUCCAGCUGUGCCAGCAGCUGGCUCCUUGCUCCUGCAGACCCACAGCCCUUCUCCCACCAGCUCUCUCCAGCCAGUGUGUCUGGGUGGUCCCUCCAAACCCCGAACGUUACAGGUGGGCCAGCCCAGCACAAAGGUAGAUCCCAAACAAGCCCUGGCUCUCCUGGCCAGUGAACCCCCUCUGGUCCCUGCCAGGCCAGCCAAGGGCUUGGAGUCGUUGUUACUGUCCUCAAAAUCUGAGGAGACAAAAGAUCCAUUUGAAGAUCUGUUAAAAAAGAGCAAGCAGGAUGUGUCACCCACACCAGGUAAGGUGGAGCAGCUCAGAAAGCGAUGGGAAACCUUUGAGUGACACACCCCAUGGCCUUGGUGUCCUUUUGGAAGUGACAGAAGGAAUUUUUGGUUUUUUUGAGCCAGCAUAAAACCAAGCAUUUCUUUUAAGGAAGGCUGAGCCAGGAUCACUGCAGGACCAUCACUGAGCUGCACCUCAGCACGAGAGCUUUUUGCCCACAGAUCAGAGUCCCCCAUUGUCCCAGUCCCUGACACUGCUCCCUCACUCCCUGCCACCAAACCCUGGGAUUCCUGCACUGACCAAAGCGUGAGGGGAGGUGGGGUGGGUUGGGAUUUCCACACACAGCUUUUCAGGCAGCACUACUGAUGCACAAGUUACUCCCUCCCUGUAUUUUCAGUCCUUGGCACAGCUGGAGCGUGACACAGCCCACUCUGCUGAGGUUCGUUCCUGCCACUGGCAAUACACACACAGAUACAAGGUUUUGUUUCCACAUGCAAAGCGCAGCAAACCAGCCUGACUUGUGGGCUGCACUGAACUGAUCAUCAGUCUCUGUUUGUGCUCCUUGCACCCCAGCCACUCCCGGAGCUGUGCUGUCAGAGGGACUUUGGUGGCACUUUUGGCUCCCCCCGUGAACACCGACAGCCAGGGCAGAGUUGUCACAGGCCUGGAAACCACAGCACAGAGCAGCUGCUCAGGGAUUGGUCCUGCAUCUCUGUUGGGAAACUGGAAACACCAGCAAUUGUUUUCAUUUUUUUGACUUUGUUUUUGUUAAAUACAUCAGAAAAUAGAGGCCAUAAAGAGUAUCCUAGUUCUUAUAUAUGUGUAUCUUAAUAUUAUCUAUCAAUAUUAUAAAUUGCAGUAUAUGAAUGGAAUGUAACAAUAUCUUACUUGAUUAUUACAAACAAAAAAAGAGAAAAAUUUUGGGGUAUCAAUGUUCCCAGCUCCUGAGUGCAGGUGAAGGCUGGUGUGCUGAGGGGCUGAGGGCAGGGCAUGGCCAGGAAGGGGGAUCUGGGCUCUGUGGCCUCGCUGGAGCCUCGGGCUGGCCCUGUCUGGCCCGCGAGGAGCAUGGGGGACGCUCAGCUGGGUGUUCUGAGCCCCCUCUCUGUGUUCUCCAGACAUUUCACACGAGCCUCAGCAUCCCCCAGGACAGCUGCUGUCUCUGAUCAUUUCUGUUUCACUUCAGUGGUGCUUUUUUGGUUUGUUUUGUAUCGGGGCACACUCUGGUGUAAAACCUGUCACUCUCGCAGAGGGAAUCACAUCACCAUUGAGCCUUUGAUAAAGGAAAUCAUCUUGGACACAUGGGGAAAUUCUUGUAAAGCUUUAUCUGAUUUCCAAUGUAUCUAUUUUAUUCAUGUUAUCUUGGAAGUUUUCUUACUCUGGGGAAUGGGAAUGGCUGUCUCUGUGUUCGAGGCUGGGCAGUACAAAAGAAAAGUAAUAUCUGAAAUGCUGCCGGUUUUGGGAAGACCACAGUAUUCCAGGAAUAUUCUGUUUCUGUACAGUGCUGUUCCUCUGACAAGCCAUUCACUUGGAUUUGUAUUUUCUUUUUGUGUUGAAAGACAGAUGGGUUUAGUAUUGAAUAGUAAAAUAUUUAAAGUCUAAGAUACCAGGUCCAUUUUAUUUGAUACAGUUCACAGUAAGAAUGUUAUAUAUAAUUCAGUCUGGCAUUGCAGAGUCCUUUGCUAUGAGCUGGAUAUGAACGGGCACUGGACAAUCCAGCCUGUGCCAAGCUGGGCUCCACAGGCCCUGUUUAAACUCAGUAAUGUCACACAGUGAUCAGACAGCCCAUCACAGUGCUUUAAACCACUCAGGAAAUUCUGUCCCACUGCAGUUCAUUUCCAUCUCUGGUUACUUUGCCCAUAUUAUAGAUCAUUUGCUAAGUGAGUUUUGGGGCACUGAGGUGUAUUAACACACACUUAUUCACCCUCGACUUUAUUUAGCACCUCUGAGAUGCUGGAGGACAAGGAAUUUGUGACUUCCCUCACUUCUGGAGAGGGUUUGUAAGCAGGAGACUUUUCUAGGGGUUUAUUGUAACGUAGGAAUUGAACUAUGCCCAGGACAGCAUUUAGGGAUGUUUUUUGUCUUAUUUAAACUCAGGAAUGCCUGACAUGAUUCAUUCCUGAUAGUGCCAGGUGUCAACAGUUUGCUUGCCAGCUCUGGUGUGGCACUAGAAGGCAUUUGGAUGUUUUUAUUAAUCCAGUAUAAAAACUGUUCCUGGUCUUACUCA